AACUUUCCUGAUUUAUGUUUAAUGUCAUCAGUUAUCUUUAGAGAACCGUUUAUCUCAAAGAAAUAUAUAGAUAUAAUAGAUUAAAAUCCGAUUGGUUUGAAGUUUGGUUUUCGGUUAAGCUGUGAUUAGUUGGUAUGUGAAUUAUUUUAAUUUUGAAAUGCAGGAGCACAAAUCCUUCUUAAUAAAAGACUUACUAGGAGAUGUUAUAAACAAUGUGAAUACAAAUGGAAAUCACCCGCACGACUCUGAUCAAGAUUCCGAGACAUUGUCUCAUGAUGCCGAUAUAGAUAUCGAGGUCGAAACGCCCCCUUCUUCAACAUCUACCAACGAGGCCUUACCUUCAAAAGGAAUCUAUUUCCUGAGCGAAAGCGAUGUUACUCAAACAGGAGCAGCUGAAAGUUCCAAAGGUAGAAAACCAAGGAGAAGAAGAACGGCUUUUACACAUGCUCAGUUAGCGUAUUUAGAGAGGAAGUUUCGGUGUCAGAAGUAUCUCUCUGUAGCUGAUAGAAGUGACGUUGCAGAUACUCUGAAUUUGAGUGAGACCCAAGUGAAAACAUGGUAUCAGAAUAGAAGGACAAAGUGGAAAAGACAAAAUCAGUUGAGAUUAGAACAACUCCGACACCAAGCUUCCGUAGAAAAAGAGCUUCUCAAUACUGCUGCAAUCCGUAAAGAUAAUGGAGAAUCUCCUAGAUGUUGUCCUCCUACAGGCAUUCCAAGAUAUACAACUCAAUCACCUUGUAGUUUUCUGAGCACUGCAGCUGCAGCUAUUUUUCAUAAUGUCACCUAUGUACAUGGGUGUCAACUGUAGAUACUUCAAUUGUUUAGAACCACAAAGUUAUUUGUUUCUGAGGUACAGCAAAACUGUAGUUAGUUUGAGGGUAGCUUCUGUUUAGAAUAUUGAAAAUUUUGUUCUGUUUUUACUUAGUCGCUUAUGGGAAACUCUUUUUUUAAUAAUAUUACUUAGUGCAAAACCUAAUUUGGAACCAUCAGAAUUCAGUCGUAUAUGAUUUUGUUAAUCAAAGAAGAAAAGUACCUUCAUUUUUUAUAAUAUCGAAAAUUGUUAUGAAGAUAUUUUUUUCAGAUUGUGAAAUAGAAAAAGUCUAUUUAUUGAGACUAUAUCAGGGUUAUCGAACUUUUAGUUACCAGGGGGCUAAUCAAACUUUAGUAUAACAAAAUGAGCAGUCAGAAUGGAACCGUAUAACAUAUUUCAAUCAAAGAUACUCAUUGAGUAUUAUAUUAAAAGAGCUUCAAUGUUACUGGUUUGGUAUACUACUUCAUUUUACAGUCGAGGAAUCGAUGUCAGUAGCGGAUCGGUUUUGUGGUGUUGUGCAAUGUUUACAGAUAACUUACUUUGUACAGAUGCUGAAAUGAUAGUCGGUAUGGUUGCCACACACGAACAAAAUCAGUCAUCAAGUAUACUUGCUUCAUAUUUAACACGUCCAGUAACUUAACCAUGUUGACAGAUUGUUCAUUAAAUUAAAAUAUACUUCAGGACUUGCACAGAUUUAAAUCUAAUUCAGCCGAAAAAUUCAUAAGAUUGAGAAAUAUGGAUUAAUGGAAAUAUGGCUCUCAUCAUAUCCGUAGAGAACCCAUUCAAAUGCCCCACAAAUAUAAUUAAUAUUUUUUGACAAUGUAGGUACACUUAUUCUUCUGAAAAUUUGUAGUUACUCACUUAUUUUUUAUCGUAAUAUUUAGUAAUGGCCGUUUUUAAUUUUUUUUAAUAUCUCUUAAUAUUUAUCAAGUUAAAUUUCCAUGCUGCAUAAAAUCACACAAACUCUAUUCAGUACUUUGUUACUCAUCUCAAAUCCUGGACAUUUCGGAAUAUUGUGGAAAAAAGAUUUUACUCGGGUCCUAGCCCAGGGUAAUAAAGGUCAUUGAAAGAGCGCGCAGGGACCGUUUGUGUAUCCCAGAUGAAUAAUAAUACUACAACAGUGUCAAUUCGAAGAUAGGUGGAUUAUUCAACUAAUCGACUUUAGUUAACGCUGGCGUUUCCUUUCAAGUUUUUCAUUAAGAAAUUAUAGGUGAUAGAACAUGUUGUAUCAGUUAAGAUUAUUAUAAUUAUGAUUAUUAGCCACCCCUGAUCAUUACAGUGAUUAUCAAUGCUUUCAUGAAAACAGUGUAUGUCCACUGUAAGUUCAGUAAAGCAAAGUCUCAUGCUCGAUUCCAGUGAAGUGCUCGCCAUUCGAUUUCUCGUUUUUAAUUUGCUCAAGAACAAAAAGCACUUCUAAACGGUGAUAACGUUUACAGAAAGUACGUUCUUCAGAAAUAAAAAAUCCAAAAAUUUUACUCUGGUAGAUUGGAUCUAUCUGACAAUCAUGAAUGUCCAUUUGAAUAUCACAGAGCAGCUUCGUCUUCUUCCGUUGUGCUACAACUUACUGCGGGACUGCGGGACUAGUUUUUCUCCCCAGUUAUUCAUAUACAAAUAUGCCCCCUUGCAAUUACGUAUCUUUAAAAGACUGAUUGCGACUUCUACCUGUCAGCUUUCCGAGGUCUUCCAAUUGUCCUACGCUCUUCAAAAUUAAAGUACUCUCCUCGGCUUUCUCGGGUUUUCUAUUCAUACUCUAUGGUAAGCCCAUCGCAAUCUCUGUACUCUGAUAAACUCCGAUAGGUAUAUCCUUGUAUUUUUGAUAUAACUCAUGAUUAUAUCUUAAUCUCUAUGCUGCAUUUUCACAUGUAGGACUGUAUAUUUCCCUCUAUAUCUGUUUUUUAAAGGUGCUGCUAUUUUUGUGCCACGUUUCACAACCGUUAUUAUAAGUCAUAUAAUGCUCUUGUAUAUUUUGACUUUAUUGUUUAUAUCUAAAUAUGUGCAUGGAUGAUUCUUCUUCUGAUCUCUGUGUUUUCAUUUUCAUCCUUGGUAAUCUGUACAAUCCGAUAAGUGAAAUCUGUUACUCCUUACAGAUUUUCAAUUUAUAUUGUACAGGGUUGUGUUAAUACAUUUAUCCUACGUCUCUUAGCCCCAACUUCUCACCUUCAUGGUGCAGUUCUUUUUAAAUGUCUUUAACCUUUGGUGGUAAUCUCCCUGUUGUAUUGGUAUAUAUCUAUAAUUAGUUUCAAUUUUUUUAUGAUGAAUUCUAUUACUAUAUUGAAUAGUAUGAGUGCUAGACCAUAACCGUAUUUACAUAAGCUAUUGUCUUCGUUAGUGUGGCUUUCACUAGUAUCAACUUACAUGGUAUUCCGGCAGGUUAUUUUACUGAUUUCAAUAUUCACGAAUUAUGGUUUUAGGUAGCCUAAUAUGAUCAUUAUAAGGUUGUUACUUUGAAAAUUAAACCAGUAAACGUUUAUUUUUAAUAACAAUCGGGCUGGAACACACUAUAUGGUAUUUAUUUUAUUGCCAUACUAUUAAAUUCAAGUUAUAUUGUAUCCAAAUUUUUGAUUUUAUGUUAGUUUAUAUCAUUUUCUUCCUUAUUUCUUAAUUAGCUAGAUUUUCUAAGGAUAUUUCUCAGUUUUUUUAAAAUAUAAGUAUAUAUUGACAAGUUGUUAGUUUGUAUCCUUAACAAUUUUUUAACUUGUUAUAGUUAGGAUAGUAGCCUUUAAUAACUUAUGUUUUUUAUAUUAUAAAUAUAAGUUUUUGUUUUUCUCUAAUAAAAUUUGUUCUUCCCGUGUUUCCCGUUACUUUUUUUGCUUAUAAUUUUUUGCAUUGUUUCCACAACUUUCUCAGUAGUGAAUGUAUUUAUUAUUAUUCUCCGUGAUAGACCUCUAUCGGCAACGACCAUGUCAGCUUUAAUCUUCUUUCUUCUUAUUCCUCCAUACAAAAGGGAUCCAGAGAGUAAUGUCACUUUCUUUAAUUAGUUUCAAGCCAAUAAAUUCUUAACAAUUUGUUAUUCUGCUUGAAUAAUCUAAUCACCUUCCUUAUAAACAACAUUUUGCCAUCUAGAGUACAAAGUUUCAAAGUCGGAACAAUCAAAAUCAAUUGAUUUUUGAGAAAAAUAUCUCAAGAUGGAUUUUUGAUAUCAUCCGAAUUUUCAAAUUUUUUGCCUUUUAUAAAAAGCUGUAGCGGUCAGAAUCGAUAAAAAUCCGAGUUUGGAAUAUCGGGAGUGAAGCAGUACCUCACAAUUCAAUUUAUUAAUUUUUUCCAGGGUUCGUCUUUUUCAGUGUGAUCAACGACUUUUCACUUUCUAUUGAAUAUUGUUUCACUCGAUAAAGAUAUGCCAGGUUUCAGUACUUCAAAAUGAAAAAUUCUGUGUAUACUUCACCAAACACAUGAAGCGCCUUUUUGGAAUGUAAGCCCGGCUUUUGAGAGAUACAAUCCGUUUUGGAUUAUUAUGUAAAAUCCAUUUUCCAUUUACAAUGAUCAACAUCAAAAAACGGUUCUGUAUGGUGACGUUGUAGCAAUACCUUGCAUAUGUUGGAUUGGUUGGCUUUUGGUGGGCUCAAAAACGUGCAACUGUUCGGUUACUACUUUUCGAAACUAACAAAGCACCCAAUGUCGCAUAUGCUUGCCCUUCUGGUAUUUGGCUGGACAUGUCAUAUUAGUUAAAAUAAAACAGUUUACUUUUUAACUAUAUCACAAGAUAAAUACAGCACUGUACUAAUAUGUUUAUUGCUUGAACAGAAGUAAAAAAUUGCGUCCCGUGGUCUUGUACAAUCAAAAUUUCGUUCCCACUCGAGGACGGUAUUUCUGACCGACCAUGUACGUAAUUAUAGAUUAUUUGUAUAGAUUUGUAGCAAGAUAUGUACCUGUUAUCCUUGUAAAUACUUUUUAAUAAAAAUAAUGAAAUAACAA